AAUGACAGUUUUGCCCCCAUCAUGUAUAAGUGUAAUAAGGGCAGUCAUAAAAACAUAGAAAGAAGAAGACACAUCACUAGACCUUAAGGCUUUAACAGCCAUCUGUUUUAUUUUGUCGCUAAUAAAUAAUAAUAAUAAUACACCACAGCAUUACAUGUCCAGUUGAAAGAAGUAAGAAAAAAUGGCAAUCUGCACAGUCUACACAACUCAGUCCCUCAACCCAACAUGCACAGUCUCCACACCAGGAAAAACCCAGAUGAACCAGAAGCAUCUGGUGUUCUACAGCAAGAAGAAGAGGGCGGCCAGGGCGGUGAUAACAUGCUCGGCCGGUGACUCGCAGACGAUAGUGAUUGGUCUGGCAGCGGACUCCGGGUGCGGUAAGAGCACGUUUAUGCGAAGACUUACGAGUGUUUUCGGAGGAGCAGCCGAGGCGCCCAAGGGGGGGAAUCCCGACUCGAACACGCUCAUAAGCGAUACGACUACUGUAAUUUGCUUGGAUGACUAUCACUCGCUGGAUAGAACGGGGCGAAAAGAGAAGGGGGUGACUGCACUUGACCCGAGAGCUAACGAUUUUGAUCUUAUGUAUGAGCAAGUUAAGGCUAUGAAAGAGGGCGUUGCUGUUCAGAAACCAAUCUAUAAUCAUGUCACUGGUCUUCUUGACCCCCCUGAGCUUAUCAAGCCCCCUAAGAUUCUUGUUAUCGAAGGUCUUCACCCCAUGUAUGAUGAACGCGUAAGAGAUCUUUUAGACUUCAGUAUAUAUUUGGACAUCAGCAAUGAGGUUAAGUUUGCAUGGAAAAUCCAGAGAGAUAUGGCAGAGAGAGGACACAGUCUAGAAAGCAUUAAAGCGAGUAUUGAAGCACGUAAACCUGAUUUUGAUGCGUAUAUCGAUACACAGAAGCAAUACGCGGAUGCUGUGAUUGAAGUGUUGCCAACGCAACUGAUUCCGGACGAUAACGAGGGAAAAGUUUUGAGAGUGAGAUUGAUAAUGAAAGAAGGGGUGCAGUAUUUCAGCCCUGUUUACUUGUUUGACGAAGGCUCUACCAUCUCAUGGAUUCCUUGUGGUAGGAAGCUCACUUGCUCUUACCCUGGCAUCAAAUUCUCCUACGGCCCCGACACUUAUUUCGAUCAUGAGGUGUCUGUUUUGGAGAUGGAUGGCAAAUUUGACCGAUUAGAUGAGCUGAUUUACGUCGAAAGCCAUCUCAGUAACAUUUCCACUAAAUUCUACGGAGAAGUUACCCAACAAAUGCUGAAACAUGCAGAUUUCCCUGGAAGUAACAACGGAACCGGUCUCUUCCAAACCAUUGUCGGAUUGAAAAUACGCGAUCUUUACGAGCAAAUCCUCGCCACUAGAGCCAAAACUCCUGUACAAGCAAAAGCCUGAUUCUGAAAUCUAUCAUCUUUCAGUUUUUUCUUUCAUUUUAUCAUGAAUUAUGAUGUUGUUCAGUUGAGAUUUAGGGCUAUAUUCUUCAUAAACAUCACAACGCUUGUCUACCUACUUUAAUCUUCUAAUUCUAUGCAUAUUUGUGUAAAAUAGAUAAUCAAAAAGCAGAUAUGAAAUUGAGUUCAAAAAUUUCUUGCA